CUGAUGCACUUUAACCUUUCCCAAGCUUACUUUUUCCAUUCCUGUUAAUGAUCAGCGCCUUUUUUAUUUACAAUCAGAAAGGAGAAGUCCUUAUUUCUCGUCUAUAUAGACACGAUUUGAGACGUUCAGUGGCCGAUAUUUUCCGUAUUCAGGUCAUCUCCAAUACAGACGUUCGUUCCCCUAUUAUAACACUCGGUUCAACUUCAUUCUUUCAUGUGCGUCAUGAGAAUCUGUACAUCGUAGCUGUAACUAAGUGGAAUGCCAAUGCAGCCUUAAUUUUUGAAUUAUGUUAUCGAGUGGUUAAUAUUGGCAGAAGCUAUUUUGGCAAGUUUGAUGAAGAAGCAGUGAAGAAUAAUUUUGUACUAGUAUAUGAACUACUUGACGAAAUUCUUGAUUUUGGAUACCCUCAAAAUAGUGAAACAGAUACACUCAAAAUGUAUAUUACAACAGAGGGAGUUAAAUCAGAAAAAGUACAUGAAGAUUCCAGUAGAAUUACUAUACAAGCUACUGGUGCAACUUCCUGGAGAAGAAAUGAUAUUAAAUACCGAAAAAAUGAAGCGUUUAUUGACGUGAUUGAAAGUGUAAACCUCUUGAUGAGCAGCACAGGAACUUUAUUAAGAGCAGAUGUAGCAGGACAGAUUUUGAUGCGAGCGUAUUUGUCGGGCACACCAGAAUGUAAAAUUGGUCUUAAUGACAAAAUUCUGGUAGAUAAGGAUACUGUGAAUCGAGCCCCCCCUCGACGCACAAAUGCAGUUGAAAUUGACGAUUGCCAAUUUCAUCAAUGUGUUAAGCUGAACAAAUAUGAAAAUGAGAAAAGUAUCAGUUUUGUGCCUCCUGAUGGGGAAUUUGAAUUGAUGAAGUACCGUACAACUGAUAAUGUCAAUCUGCCUUUUAAGGUACAUCCGGUUGUUACAGAAGUUGGAAAUACACGUGUAGAAUAUAAAAUUAGUGUGAAAGCCAAUUUCUCGCCUAAGCUCUAUGCAAACAACGUAAUUUUAAAGAUUCCUACACCGUUAAAUUCUGCCAAGGUAGAGGUAAAGGUCGGAUCAGGCGGAAAAGCAAAAUAUGCGCCUUCAGAAAAUUGCAUUGUUUGGAAGAUCUCUCGUUUUCAAGGUCAAGCAGAGUUCCAUUUAAGUGGCGAAGCUGUAUUAACAUCUAUGACACAUAAGCGAGUGUGGUCCAGGCCGCCUAUAUCAAUGGAUUUUCAAGUUUUAAUGUUCACUUCUUCUGGUUUGCUUGUGAGAUAUCUGAAAGUUUUUGAGAAAAGUGGAUAUCAAUCAGUAAAGUGGGUGAGAUAUAUGACGAAGGCUGGCUCUUAUCAAAUUAGAUUUUAGUUUUAAAUCGAUUCAAUACCCAUUUUACGAAACUUUAAUUAAAGCUUCUCAUCCACAAGUUGAUACUCUUAAUAUUGGGUUGUGGAAAUUCAACGAUUUAAUAAACCACAUGUGAUUGUUUACAAUAUGAACUUACAAUUACAAUUA